AUGACUGCGUCCAUAGCAUUGCAACAACAACGCGAAGACCAAAAGACUGGAUAUGGAAAUACUCUAACUCAAGAGCAAGCAUCUUUACUUCGUGAUCUUUGGGAGGCUUUGUACUCUUUGGAAAAAUUAUCCAUUGAUAUAAAUAGUUCCAAAAAUGGUAUAGAAACUAAUGGUACUUCGAAGUCCAAAAGUAAAUCUAAAAAUCAAGAUUCUUCCUCCGAGACUAGUAAAACAAAUUCAGAUGAUAAAUAUAACCAUAAGGGAGAGUUUAUAUCAGCUUUGAAAUUAUAUAGCCCGGAAGAAAUACGCCAGUCACUCUGGUCUUUAACUUCUAGAGAUGAUCCUGACAUGAUUUUAUUACGUUUCCUUCGUGCGAGGAAAUGGGAAGUUGAAAAUGCUAUUGCAAUGUUGUUGUCUACAGUGAAAUGGCUACUUCAAAAUAAUAUAAGUGAUAUUAUCAAAAAAGGAGAGGAAGGAAUGGAAAAAUAUUUUAAAGAGAAAGGUGAUAAAGGAUUUAUGAAACAAUUUACAAGUGAUGAACAAAACUUUGAAGUACUUCAAAAAUUUACCAUUUAUAUUAUGGAGACAUCUCGUUUAAUGAUUGAACCUCCUGUUGAAACUGGAUGCCUUUUAUUUAAUAUGGAAGGAUUUACUCUUUCUAAUAUGGAUUUUCCUUUUGUGAAAUUUAUGAUUCAAUGUUUUGAAUCUUAUUAUCCAGAAAGCCUUGGAAAAUUAAUAAUUCAUAAAGCACCUUGGAUUUUUGGAGGAUUAUGGAAAUUAGUAUCCCCUCUUUUUGAUCCUGUUGUAGCCGCAAAAAUUUAUUUUACUCAAAGUAAUCAAGAACUUUUAAAUUUUAUUCCUAAAGAUCAUUUGUCAGAAGAAUUAGGAGGGACAGAUAAAUGGAAAUAUGAAUAUGUACCAUAUCAAGAAAAUGAGAAUUACAGGUUGACAGAUGAAACUACUAAAAAAGUAAAAAUGGGAGUUAGAAGAUCAUUAGAAUUAGAAUUUGAUGAAGUGAAUAAACAAUGGAUUAAAGAUCCACAUAAUGUUCAAAUAAAAGAUAAACGAGAUCAAUUGAAAGUUCAACUUAGAAAAGCGCAAUUAGAGUUAGACCCCUAUAUUAGGGCUAGAACUUAUUACCAUCGUAUUGGAGCGCUUAAAGAAGAUGGAUCAUGUGAUUGGGUAUAUAAACAAUAA